AUUAUCAAACUAAAAAUAUAGUACAUUCAUUUCAUUGCAAUAAAAACUUUUUUUUUCUCCCAGAUGGUUGAGAGAACAUUCAAAAGUAUUCCAUAAUACUUGCAAAAUGAUUAAAUAGCGUUCACAUAAACAAGAAAACAACAUUUUAACACCUGAACGCUGAGAUCAUUCACAAAAUAACUUCAUUGUAACGUUAGAGAAACGUUCUUAGAACAUGUUCUUGUUAGUUCUACCACAGAAAUAAGUGUGGCAGGUUAAAUGGACAUGAAGAUGUUGCUGUAACAUAUUGAUGGAUUCAUUUGCACACAAUCAUUCCGUCACUCAAGAGUGUUUGGUUACACACGCUGAUCUGUUUUAAUGAGUUUUAAUGUGGAGACAGUCAUGAGCAUUUCUCCAGCACCACGGUCACUCAGUUUCCAUUAGCACUUGUGUGUGAUUAAUACCCUCCCAUCCACUUGAUUUAGGAUUCAUCACCGUUUUCUGUCAGAAAUCCUGUGUGGAGAAUGUCAGUCAGUUCCUCCCUUCAGCACAGGAUCAAGACACACGGAGCGGAUCCGGACGACAGCGGGGAUGACUGGGAGAUCGGGGUUGGGAAUCUGAUCAUCGACCUGGACGCGGAUUUGGAGAAGGAUCGACAGAGAUUGGAGAUGAAUCGCGUUUUGAGCGUUAAAAGCACGGCGGAAGGUCGCGAGCAAGAGCUCGAGUACAAUUGCGCGAGCGCAGGCGCCGUGUUCGACGGCCUUGCGCGAGCCGAGCAGCCGUUUCUCUGCAAGGAGCCCAAGAAAUUCAAGCUGAAACGGAGGAAUUCCGCCACGGACGCGCUGGAGAUUGUGAGCGGAAUUCCUAAAGUGUGCGUCGGCAAGCGGCGCGAGGCUCAAGGACGCGGCGGGGAGAUGAAUUCAGCACCAGCGGCGGUGGACAGCAGCCCCGACGCGCGCGCACGAGCCGCCAAAGACGCCAAGAAAGGCAAAAGCCAGAGCAAAGGAGUGAGGAGAGAGAAAGACGCGGCGAGGACGCGGAAAGAGAAGCACGGCGAUGAAUUUGAGAACGGCGCGGAGAGCCUCAUCAGCAGAGGCGGGAUGGACGCGGCUAUUGUUGAGCACAUCGACGACACGAGCACGUUGAGUGUAAAGACGCGGUCAGUUGGAACAAACACACAAGAAGCCGAGAAAGCCCUCGAGUCCAGCUACAUGGAGCCAUGUCAACCAGGAACGAGUGUCAAUCUAGAGGGUAUUGUGUGGCAUGAGACUGAGGAAGGGGUUCUAGUUGUGAAUGUCACAUGGAGAAAAAGGACCUAUGUGGGAACUCUCUUGGAUUGUACCAAGCAUGACUGGGCUCCUCCACGGUUUUGUGAGUCGCCAAUGAGUGACUCUGAAAUGCCUUGUGCACGUGGACGUGGUAAACGGAUGCGGCUCAGCAUGCCAGAACAACCAACUGCCGACCCAAGUCUUUCCAAGAUACGAGGACUAACUCACAAGAGGCGCGGUGUGGGAAUCAGCAACAAAGGAAGACGAGGGAGUCUGAACCUCAGUGGCUGUAGGACACCUGGAUACUACGCCGUGGAGGACAUCAAAUCCAAUCCACUUAUUUGUGGAAAAAGAAAAAGCAAAGCCCCAGCGGAUCUAGAUUUAAGCUUGGUCUCGGAGGACAUUCGGAAUGGGAAUGGGAAAAGGAUACGAGCCAAAUCCAGGAGUGCUCCUUCCACCCCUCAGGGUAAAUCUGACCCUGUGUUUCUUGAUCAAGUUUGCGCAUCCCCAAUGCUAAUAGACUGUCCACAUCCGAACUGCAACAAGAAAUACAAACAUAUCAACGGGCUUCGUUACCACCAGUCACAUGCUCACCUGAACACUGACAGCAAGCAAGAGUUUGAAGUGGAAAGUGAGGACAGACUUUCAGAUUUUGAUGAAGCACUUAGCUCUGUACCUUUUGAUUCUUCUGAGAACGUCAUCUCCAAGAAGCCCAGAAGCAUUUAUAAACUCAAUGCAGUCGGUUCUCCAAAGAGCAGGAAAGCAUUGCUCAACAACGAUAGCAGUCCCAUAGCCAAUGCAAAAAUACGUCAGAACGUGGCAAGUAAGGACGGAUCCAUAGACGAUCUGAGCAACCUCCCACUCAUUUCCAACAUGUCUGUCGUCCUUGAGAACUGCCUCAUGACGGAUCGUAACACAUCUGUCGAGAUGCCUAAGCUCGAAGCGGAGGGUGCUAUUGAUAAGAGGGACAUCUGUAGCAAAGUAAAGAAAGAAAGUGGGUUCACCGAGAGAUGCUCAGCUAAGUCUAGAACAAACAGACUCAUCAAUGCUGCCCCUGCUCCUCCGAAGCUGACUGCUAUUCCACCCACUGCGUUUCCUACUAAAAUCCCAGAAGUUUCUUCUCAUCAGGCCUCUCCAACUGUUGCCCUCACAAAAGCCAAGAACCUCUCCCUGAAACCCAUUAAGCCAAAGCUGGACAUUAUUGCACAAGUUAACAUGGCCAACCCCACCGCAGUCUUGAGCAAAGACAGUAAGAGAAAAGAAAAGCAUCGAUUAAAGGACAGGAAUUGCAAAGAUCCCCGGAGUCCCAAAAGCGACCCGAUUUACACCAAAACGGACGAUGCCAAGAGCACCGGGAAAGAGUUUCCUGUAAGCCUCUUGAAAGAGCACUUGAGCAAGCAAGAUGUUGUGAAUGGUCCCGGUGAAACGCAGGAAAGCCGCAUGGCGAGCAUCAGAGCCGAAGCCGAUAAGGUGUACACCUUCUCAGACAACGCACCGAGUCCUUCCAUUGGGAGCUCUGCAAGAAUGGACUGUGGCCCUCUUACAAACGGUGAUGGAGGGACCACUAAAACAAACAGCCCUGCAUACUCCGACAUAUCCGAUGCAGCCGAGGACGGUGGAUCAAACUCGAGAUCUAGAAGGAACUCCACACAAGAUUCAAACGCCAAUAUCAAUCCCAAAAUUCCCACUGUGACCCCAGGAAAAGAGGUCCAGUCCACAUCUCAUGGCCAUGGCUAUGAAUCCCAUUGUAUCCCAGGUUACAUGCACUCUGGGCAAGCCAAUUCCACUUCAUUCCAUAAGGUGGCUUCACCUUAUGGUCGGACAAAGGAUGACUUAAAUGAGGAUGUAAAAAGCUCAGAAUCGUCUAGUCACUCAAGUUCCCAAUCACAGCUUCAGUACGCUGAAACGCACACAGCGCUGGCUCAGUCCUUGUAUUACGGACAGUACAGCCGGGGUGUUUCCAUGGACCAGAAGGUUCUGAUGAUGCCCAGCACCCACAGGCCGCACAGUGAGGCGUGCUGUGAGGAAAUACAGUAUAGCAAGCAGAGCAGAGGUCAAGUUAGGCGAGGAUCUGAGCAAAAGGAACGAACAAAGGAUGAGCAAAAACAAUUUAUGAGCUCUCCUCAGUCUAUUCACAAGGGGCCAAACUCUGUUAAGAUUAACUGUGCAAAACCUGGCUUCAUCUAUGUGGAAUUGGACAAGCAGCUGUCAUUUCAGCAACAGCAGCAGCAGGGAAAGCCAUCCCAUAUCACCAUGACAAAAGAACAAGGGGUCCUUAAGGAAUCUGAAGACCUCAGUUUGGAGAGUUCAAACUCAAAAUCAAAUGUGGACACAAAUGUAACAUUUCUAAAUGCUUCAGAAUCUCAGUCCUGGAGCCACUCUUAUCAGUCCAAAUAUGUGAAGCAGCAAAAUCAAGAGGUCAACAAGAUCUCUGAGGAAAUGAGUCUCAGUCCAGACAAGGGGAAAGACUGGCACAUUCCCGUAGAGUCCGAGUCCAGGCUGGAGGCCGAACUCCAGAACGUCAAGUGUGAGACGGCUGCCGAGGUCACCGAGGAAAGUACCAGACCAGAGGGGGACGAGAUAGCGGGCGAGAUGUCUGAAGACUCGCAGACCGCGAGAGGGGCCGCCUCAUCACCCCAGCAAUCCUUCCUCCAGUUUCAGCACUCCUACCCCUAUUUGCACCUGUGUGAGGCAAGCAGCAAUGCGUACAGAGUGAUGUCUCCAGCUUUGGUGCACAAUUACCCAGGUUUCCAUUACCCUCUGUAUGGAAAAACGGCAGGGAGAGAGGAUUCAGAAGCAGCUCAAAGCAGCAAACCAGUGACAGAUUCAACAGCAUUAGAGCUUCUGUCGCAUCCUCUCCUGCCUUAUCAUGGCAAAUCUCCUGUUCCUGGAGAAAGAGGAUCUCCAGAGCAGGAGCGAGAAACUGAACGGGAGAGAGAACCGGUUCCGUACGGCCGCCACCUUCAGGCGCAUCAUCUCACUCACCUGGGCAUGAGCUACACACUGGUGUCCGGCCAGUAUGACCCCUUUCAAGGUUUGAGCUCGGCGGCUCUGGUUGCGAACCAGCAAGUGACGACAACACAGACCUGCUCCAGCGAAAACGACGGGAAGAUGUGAGACGUUCCGGACGCACACAAGGAUUCACAGACAUCACUUCCAUGGUGUUGAACUCAUCGCCUCUAUGGGAGGCAGCGACUAAUUUCACUUCUAACCAAUGAAUGUAGGCCUGAAAGACGUUCUCGAGGUCUGUGUAAACGCUCUGCUCGUGGACUCUGCCUGUACAUGGCUACAUCUAGCUGUUCGUAUGCACUUAUAUUGUUGUGUAACCAUACUAUUGAAUGUAUUUGCUCUCUCAUCACCUCUAAAGGACGGUUUGCAAUAGAUUACAAGUGACUGUAAGUAAGGUGGCUCGCUCUGCAUUGACUUAUUAACAUGAAUAAACUGUUAUUAACAGCCAUUAAUCUAUUGUAUCGUAUAAAGUGGAUGUUCAUCUCAGUGCCAUACAGUAUUAUCGUGAUGUACAUAGUUGUACAUAGUUUCCCGAAGCUCAACAGCGACUAUAACUAGCUUAUGUACCUUUGUAUUGAUUCAGUGCAAUGUCUGGUUGUCUGCCGCCUCACCGACCUUUGUUCCUUCAGUCGUGAUGCAUAACUGGACAUGUUUACAGUGGUUUCUGGACAGAAGUCAGUGGUGUGGCCGGGUCGAGUCCCGUCUUUAGGUUUUCUUGAUGUCUGCUGUAUCAUCAAACUGCUGUUGCUUUUUAUACUGUCUCUGCCUUAACAUGUUUGGCAAUCCAAAUAAACAGUCAAGGUUGUUUUUA